UUCUAUAACAGAACCUGAACAAGUCGAAAAAUUUGGACAUCCCUUUCGAGAAGUACAAUAGAUUUGAUCUUGAAUCGCUGACGGACGACGAGUGUUUGAGUGAGUUUCGCUUCAUUAAAAAUGAUUUAUAUCGCCUUAAUGAAGCGCUUAACUUCCCGGACCAAAUAACAUGUCCGAACCAUCUUACUGUGGAUGGAAUGGAAGCCCUGUGCAUGACUCUUAGACGAUUCGCAUAUCCCUGUAGAUACGAAGACCUUGUCCCUCGAUUCGCCCGAGCUGUUCCGCAAAUAUCUAUGGUCGUAAACGAAGCGGUCAGCUACAUUUACACCAACUACAGGUACCUCCUAUCAAGUUUCAACCAAGCUUGGCUCUCCCCGGCACACCUGGAAGAUUAUGCUAGGCUCGUCGUGGCAUUGAAGGGAGCUGCACUCGGUAACUGCUGGGGGCUCAUCGAUGGAACGUUGAGACCAAUUUGCAGGCCUGGGCUUCACCAGAGGACCAUGUAUAAUGGCCACAAGCGGGUCCACGCAAUCAAAUUUCAGAGCUUUGUCGCGCCUAAUGGUUUGAUUGCCAACCUUUUCGGUCCCAUUGAAGGUAAACGACACGACAGUGCCAUGCUACAUGAGUCGGGCUUGCUGCCGCUGUUAGAAAGGCAUGCUAUCAACACGGCUGGGCAGCCACUCUGCCUUUAUGGGGACCCCGCCUACCCGUUGAGGGCCCAAAUGAAGUGCCCAUUCAGAGGAAGAAACCUGCAAGCCCAACAGGAGCUAUUUAACCUCUCCAUGAGCAAAGUUCGCACUGCAGUUGAAUGGGUUUUUAAUGACAUAUCAACUUACUUUGCAUAUCUAGAUUUUAAGAAAGACUUGAAGAUAGUGCUGAGCCCAGUUGGAAAAAUGUACAUUGUUUGUGCACUUUUAAGAAACGCCAACACUUGCCUAUAUGGCUCCUCCACAUCCCAGUUUUUCGGCCUGGACCCACCUGAUCUUGAGGUCUACUUCACAUGAAAAUACCCCUCUGUAACAGACCUGGUGAAUGAUUCCCAGGCAGGUUUUCCGUAAAAAGCUGUGAAUUUCCAAGUUUUUUUUAGAUAUAGAGGGGGGUCUCCUAUGCCAUCAGGUCAGAGUGAAAUUGUAUGAGGGAAACCUCUGCCAUGGAGAGUCUGAAAACUUAGCAGGUAACGGGGAGGCAAAAAGUCCACCAGGAAUUUUAAAAGUCCCCAGUCUGGUUUCACCAGGUCAGUAGCAUACCUGUCAACUCUCCAGGUUUUAACGUGAAAUCACCAGGUUUUUGGCAAAAAAUUGCAGAACCAAAAAAAAAAAUGUCUACGGACCAAGUCUCAAGGUUUCUGAUCACAUUGGAUUGACACGUAUGAAGUGGUAGGGGGUGUAUGAAAGCAAUUUGGCCUUUUAGCCAAGCUAUUUUUCUUAGUGUAUUUUUGUCAUGGAGGAGAUUUUUACAUAAUUAUCGUUUGCUUAAAAGUUGAGAAAAAAGAGACAUUUGAGUAUUAAUUAGUUGUUUCAGUAAUUUAAACAAAUCCACUAUUAUUUUACUUCAAAAUGUUGUUCAAAUGAUCAUUCUAGAUUAGGGCUACCUACCCAGGAAGAGAG